AUGAGAGUGAUUUUUUUACUUCUUAUUAUUGGUUUAUGCCUGGCAAAUGCAAAGAAUUUGCCAAAUGAAUCGCGUCAGUCACGAUCAUUAUUGCGAUCUGAUGAUUCUGAAUCCAGUGAAUCUGUGUCUUCAAUAGAUCGUGAUAAUGAUAGUAGUGAUGAUGAUAAUGACGAUAACGAAUCUAGAAAUAAUAGUAACAUAGAAGCAAUCCGAAGAAAAAUUGAAGAAAAGCAAAGGAAAGAGAUAAAAAAACUAGAAGAAAAAAGACGCGAAGAAACAAGGAAAUUGGAAGAAAAACGGAAAAAAAUUCAGGAAAAGCUAGCAAAAGAGGAACUGAAAUUACAACAGAAAAGACAAGAAGAAGAACGUAAGCUUCAAGAACGAAUUGAGAAAGAAAAACGUAAGCAAGAGGAAGAGAACAGGAAAAGACAAGAAAAAAUACUGAAAGCAGAACAAAAACGUCAAGAAAAAGAGCGUAAGAAACUUGCAGAACUACAAAAAGAAGCUCUGGAGGAUAAUAAUGCCCCUGACCUAAAUAGUGCAGAGUCUAAUGAAGUAAAUGACUCAUUAGACUUUGAAGAUUUAUUAAAGAGUUACGUCUAUGAACAAUAUGGCGUAACAACGGUAAGUCCAAGUAUUGAGAAGAAAUCAGCCUUAUAUAGAUUUAGACUCGAAGUGCUUAGACUUAAUGCAUAUAGCACUAAAAGUGAAAAAAGACGAGCAUUAAUAAACUGGUUAGAAAAUGAAGGACGAAAAGAUAACACUGUACAAAAUAGUUUUAGAAAUUAUUUGUCAAAUCGCAUUAAUAUCACAGAAAUAGAACAGUUAAGAAUAAGAUUGAUUAGACAGAUUGAAAAGUUAAACAAUGAAUCAAGGUUGAUAAAUAACGCUGUAUCAGUAUCACCAUUAGCUUCUAUUGCACAAAAUAAUGUAGAAGAAAAGAAAACUUUGGUCCAAGCUAUAUCACAAUUGCUAUCUACUUUACUUCCGAAUUUGAUUAACGGUGACCAAAAUAGUAACUCUAAUACUUUGUCUCCUACUACCAAUGGACCUUCAAAUAUUAUACCAAAUACAGAUCCCAGUAACACUAUUAUAUCUGGUGUUGAUAAUAUAAAUCCUACUGUAACUGAUGCAUCUGCUUCCGGUGUUCCUGCUGUUAAUCCCACGGAAACUGUCUUACCUGGUACACAAACUGUUGUUAAUUCUUCUGAUGGUGUAGUAUCGAAUGCUGAUACAACUUCUACAGCAAAUAGUAACAUCAUUUCUUCUGGUACUAGUGUAUCUGUAUCACCUGGUUCAGCAGUUGAUGGGGCUGAAGCUACUUCUACUGGAAACAAUGGCGCUGCUUCUGAUAGUUCCUUAUCUGAUCCAGCAUCCAAUACUGAUGCAAUUCCUUCAACAAUUAGUAGCGUUUCUUCUAAUAUUGAUUCUGAAAUUUCUAUCUCUGAUACUACGUCUACUAUUUUAUCCACAGCUGGCGGCUCAAUUGAAAAUGCAAUAUCUGCUGCUGACACACCUUCCGUUGCUAGUAGUAAUACUGUUUCUUCUAAUGGAGUUACCUCAGGAGUUACUGCUGUUGAUUCUACAGACAGUUCUGUUGUUAUAUCUACAGUUAGCAGUUCAACUUCAGCUUCAGCGUCUAGUACAGAUACAAACUCUGCAGGAAAUAAUAGUACUGUUUCAGCUAACGAAUCUAGUUCAAGUGUUCUUACUAUUGAUUCUUCUAACUCUGCCACACCGAGUGCCGUACCUGCACCUGGUAGUUCAAUUGAAGGUGAGGCAUCCUCUGCUGUUGCAAAUCCUGCAGCAAGUAGCCCUUCUGAUGCUAAUAUUGGAACUAGUUCUGGCAUUUCCACUAUUGACUCCACUGAUGUUGCAUUGUCUGGUGGGGAACAGACAGUUGUUAUUUCGUCUGAAGGUACAGCUUCGAGUUCCAAUACAGUUGCUGCAGCAAAUAAUGAUGCUACUACACCUGAUGCGUCUUUAUCUGGUUCCAAUAUUUCUGUUAUUGAUUCUACUAGUUCUGUUACAUCUAAUGUCGUCAUAUCUGCGGUCAGUGAUUCAUCCCAAAAUGGAUUGCCAAGUUCUGAUACCACUUCUUCUUCUUCAUCUGGAGUUGAAAGUGCAACUGUCAACUCUGCUGCAAAUAACGGUGCCAUAUCUACUGAUACCUCUUUACCUGGGUCAGAUCUUUCCACCACUUCCACAAGCAUUGCUGAUGUACAAACUAGUAUUGUAUCCACAGCUGGUAGCCCAACUGAAAGUACAGUAUCUAGUUCUGACGCAAUUUCUGCAACGAGUAGCAUUUCUGGCGAUGGAUCUAGUUCUAGUAUACUCACUGCAGAUUCAUCUAUAUCUGUCUCAUCUGGUGUGGAAAUUACAAAUAUUGUUUCCUCUGGAGAUGCUGUAUCGAGUGCUGAUACAAUUCCAGUAUCUAAUAGCGAAGCCAUUUCUACUGACACUCCAAUAUCUGGUUCGUCAUCAACUAGCAACAAUGAAAUUUCUGUUACUGAAUCUGUACCAGGAUCUAAUAUCGCUGGUUCAAUUAACUCUGAUAUAUCUGGCGUCGGAACUGCAGUACCAGAAGUUGACAUUAAUUCUAUUGGAAAUGAUAACACUGCUUCCACUGAUUUACCUGUUUCUGAUUCCGAACUUUCUACUGGGUCAAUUAACGAAAUACCUUCGGUUAGUAGCUCAACAGAAAAUACAAUUCCCGUAUCAAGUAGUAAUACUCCUUCUGAUUCUGCCAUUACUGCUACUGAGGUUGCAAUUGCUGAUUCUACUGAUAGUACAUUAUCUGAUGCUGACGGUUUGGCAGGAAAUAUUGAUAUUUCUUCCACUAUUAUAUCUGUAUCAAACUCCAGUCUUAUUAAUUCAUCAGCACCUGAAGUUAAUACAGCAGUUAACUCUGUUGAUGAAACCGUAUCAAGUACUGACUCAAGUUCAGCAUCAGCAUCAACAAGUAUUGAUAUUGCUACGUCGGAAGUAUCUACAUCUGCUUCUGAAAUUCUGACAGAUGCUACCACCAAUACUCCUGUAGUUGAAAUUGACAAUUCAGGUGGAGCCUCUACUCAAGAUCCAUCAUUAGCUCUAGAAAAUAUUAAUAGCGCUACAACUGAUGGCACUCCUAUUACUCUAGAUAUCAAUGCUUCAGAAGCAACAAUUUUAGAAAGUGAUGGUAUAGCAACUACGAUCUCAGAGGUUAACAGCAUCACUUCUGAAAAUAGCAAUGCUAUAAUAUCUGAUGAAGUUACUACUACUGCUGGAGAUCUUACUGCAAUAGGUGAAAUUAGUCUUGAAGCAUCCACCACGGUUGCUGGUCCUUCAAGCUUGAAUGAAGUUGAUAGUAUUGUUACGUCUGGCAAUAUAAAUGAAAUUGUAAACGAAUCACAAACAGAAUCAGGCAUUAUUGCAACCGUACCGGAAAUCAAUAUUCCUGCAGUUCCUUUGCCAGCAAUCAAUCAAUUUCUAGAAUUAUUACCAGAACUAAAUCGUCCUAGUGAACCAGGUGCAAUUGUAAUAGAAGUAAAUCGGCAAUAA